AUGCACUAUUUGCAUUCAGCCUUGAUGACUAUACAUCUGGCCUAACUCCUGAUGAUUGGCAAGUCAAGCGGGCGGCACAUCUGAUCGUGCAGAUUUUAAAUUAUAAAGAAUCGAUUGAUAGCGAACGCCUUCCACCCGACGUAACUCGUCUUUAUCCACUUUGCAUGUACCAAUAUACACGAUGCUAUGGUGUUACCCGCAUCCCACAGCAUAAUUGCGAUGCACUUGUUCAUACUCCACAUCCAGCAAUUGCAAAGCAUAUCUUAAUAAUAGUCAGGGAUCAGUUUUAUGUUAUCGAUGUUUAUGAUGGAAACGGACGUCGAUUGGCUGCGGGUGAUAUUGAAUUUCAAUUACAGCGGAUCAUUGAAGAUGUUAAGAAAGCAGAGUUGGAUCCCCCCGUCAGUGUAUUGACUGGUGACCAUAGAGAUUCCUGGACUGUGGCUCGAGAACACUUGCUGAGUAUACCUCAAAACCGUGCUACCCUUACUGACAUUGAAGAUGCACUAUUUGCAUUCAGCCUUGAUGACUAUACAUCUGGCCUAACUCCUGAUGAUUGGAACAAGAAUGCGUUUCAUGGUCUGAAUGGACAUAAUAGAUGGUUUGAUAAGGCAAUGUCGUUUGUCAUUGAAAAUAACGGACGGGCUUCGCUCAAUGGAGAGCAUUCACCGUGUGAUGCUUUAAUUCCUUCUAUAAUUGUAGAUAACAUUUUGAAAGAAGCAAUGCCUUCUACUCUACAAAAAUCAGGUUCCGAAAUUCCUCUACCGAGAAGAAUCCGAUUUGUCACUGACGAUCGGAUAUUGAAAGACAUUGCAGCGGCGCAGGAAAGAGUAGAUAAAAUUAUUGCAGAUUCCGACGCCGUAUUAUUACAUUUCAAGGAAUAUGGAACACAUUUUAUGAAGACUGUUGCCAAGGUGGCCCCUGAUGCCUACAUGCAAAUGGUCCUCCAGUUGGCUUAUUACAAACUCCAUGGCAAAGUGGUUCCUACGUACGAGACAGGAUCGACCAGGCAAUUUCUACACGGGCGAACCGAAACUAUAAGGACUCUAAGCAACGAGAGUAAAGCUUGGGUCGAAGCAAUGGAGAAUAAUUCGCUGAGUUCAAAGGAUAAAUAUAACAAGUUUCAAGUAGCAACUAAAGCACAUUCGCAAUACACGCGAGAUGCAUCAAACGGAAAAGGAUGCGAUAGACAUCUCCUUGGAUUAAGGUGUUGUCUAAAGGAAGGUGAAUCACACCCGUUGUUUACUGACCCGAUAUUUGCCGGCUCUCAAGUAUGGUUGUUGAGUACCAGUGGAUUGAGUGCUGGAGAUCGAUUUACCGGUACCGGAUUUGGUUGUGUAUACCCCAAUGGCUAUGGUAUAAACUACCUUCCAGGGAACGUGCUGCUGAAAUUUGGAAUUGAGUCAAAGAAAUCUUCAACAGAAACGGAUUCAAACGCAUUCCGUCAAUCUGUAGUAAAUGCUCUACACGACAUGAGACAGAUGUGUGAAGACGUGAAUGGAAAGUACGAUAUUUCUACCGCUAGAUUGUGA